AUGUCCUUCACGCAGGGGCCUUGGGACUGGCGCGAGAAGCUCGACACCGAGCAGGGCAGACUGAAGACGACGGCGUCUGGCGGACGAUGGUCGCCACUGCGAGCGUUGCAGGAGACAACAACUGGCACCGCUGCCCUGCGCGGGCUCGCAGGUGCAAGACCUCUUCUCGAGGUGUCGCGGUUGCAGUUGAAUAGCAAACUCGUCAAGUCGUACGACCGCAUGUCCAACGUCGAGGACGAGCCGCACGUCACGACCUCGAACCUGCGCGGCGCGACGCUCAAGAUCGGCGAGCUCGAGCUCGAGCGUGCGCAACAUCUCUCCGCGCCGAGCUCCGGACCGCUCGUCGAGAAGGACCACAUCACGACAGCGCUGAACCACCUCAUGAAGUGUGCGACGGAUGAGGCGGCGCAGCACAGCCAGGUGGAGAGUGCGCGUGCGCAGAUCGAGAAGGAGCUUGCCGACCUUAGCGCGGGGCUCUUCAACCAGGCAAGCAGCAUAGUAGCGAAGGCGCGCAUCGCGCAGGCGAAGAGCGAGCGGAAGGAGGAGGGGACGGAGCUCGGGAUGCUGCAGACGCAGAUGCAGACACUGCAGGCGGAGAAGGAGCGUGCGGAUGGGUGGAUGGAGGAUAUGCGUGCUACGAUGGGUAAUGGCAAUGAUCCGACGGUCCGGCUAGACCUUGCGCCCUCACUGAACUGGCUGUCGCGGAGAUCCGUCAUUUCGGCCAUCCACGGCGGAGAACUCUCCAUCGAGUCCAUGCCUACACUUGUGCUCUUGCAAGAACUCGCGCCCUCCGCCAUUCCUGGCCAAUCACACAAUACCCACAUCUCAUGUGCUCUCUGCGGGACUAGCAUAAUCUAUCCGUCCAACAGCGCCUCAGUAUACAUCUUCCGCAUCGCGAUGACGUCGUCGGGGCUGCCCGUGUCCCUCCCGCUGUCUCCGCAGAACAAUACCCAAGCCAAACCGACGAUAUACCCGCUCUGCACGGCGCACUGGUGCCUCACGCGCCUGCGCGCUACAUGCUCAAUGUGGGCGUUCGUCCGCAUGGGCAUCGUCGAGAAGAUAUGGGACGACGGCGUGUACAUGCCCCCUGCGAGCCUCCGCACGGCGCAGUCACCUGCAGCGACCAUCAAUGGCACGAAACGUGAUGGAUUUGGUGCGGCAGAGGCGGACGAGGAGAACGAGCGCAGAACCUGA